GCUCCUCUCGACGCGUUAAAAGAUUAUGCUCCUCUCGACUAAAAAAGCUAUUGAGAAAAAUAAAAGGGAUCGACGAUCGAGAGCAAGAAGACGAUUCAGUCCUUGUCGACCAAUUUUCUCUUUCGAUUGGGCUCUUCUUCCGCCAGUUUGAUCGAUCCAAUUCGAUUCGACAUCGGUUGAAGAGAUUCAGAGCUAAUUCAAAAAAAUGAGUUUCAUCUUUGGCAAGAAGAAAACCCCAGCUGAGCUGCUGCGGGAGAACAAGAGGAUGUUGGAUAAAUCAAUCAGGGAUAUAGAGAGGGAAAGGCAAGGUCUUCAAGCUCAAGAGAAAAAACUUAUUGCUGAAAUUAGGAAAACUGUCAAGCAAGGACAAAUGGCAGCUGUAAAAGUCAUGGCAAAAGAUCUUAUCAGAACAAGACAUCAGAUUACAAAAUUUUAUGCCCUCAAGUCACAACUACAAGGUGUAUCACUUAGGAUUCAGACACUGAAAUCAACCCAAGCAAUGGGUGAGGCUAUGAAAGGUGUUACAAAGGCCAUGGCGCAGAUGAAUAGGCAGAUGAAUCUUCCAGCGUUGCAGAAGAUAAUGCAAGAGUUUGAAAUGCAAAAUGAGAAGAUGGAAAUGGUUAGUGAGGUAAUGGGUGAUGCUAUAGAUGAUGCCUUGGAAGGAGAUGCGGAAGAGGAAGAAACAGAAGAAUUAGUGAAUCAGGUCCUUGAUGAAAUUGGCAUAGACGUUAAUGCAGAGCUUGUCAAAGCACCAUCAACCAUCGUGGCCAAACCCGAGGUCGUUAACAAGGUUGCUCAAGUUGAAGCAGUCGGGCUUGGAGAUGGUGGAAUAGAUGAUGAUCUACAAGCAAGGUUAGAUAAUUUAAGAAAGAUGUAACUGAUCAUGACGUUUUAAACCACAGAGUGCAUAGUUAUAUAAUGUUUUUCUAUCAUCUGAUCAUGUAAUUAUUACCUGCAUUUUGAGUAUAUUUAGAUGAUCUAAUAAAUCUUCAUUUCGUGUGUUUGAA